UCGCUCUUUCUCUACUUGCCAGCAGGACUCUGGAGGAUUCCACUUGCGGAAACAGACGAACAUCGUUUCUAACAUACGCUGGAUGUGGCGGUCCUAGCACCGAAGUCGCCAACUGUUUUAUCUUUUACGGACAUAGUAGCUUUGAAUAAUUCAUUGUCGGUGGCAUUCAUGAAAUAACUUCAAAUUCAUAGCAGGAUAAAUAAUGAUUUCACCGUGGGACCGGUGGUACUCGACGAGCUGCUGCCUUUGCUGCCAUGUACGGACGGGCACCAUUAUUCUGGGAAUAUGGUAUAUGCUCAUCAACGCGGUGGUCCUACUCAUCUUGUUGUCGGCUCUCAAUGACCCAGUUCAAUACCGCUACCACCUUACCAGCUCUGAGCUGGGAACUGACAUUGAUGUCAUGGAUGAUGCAAAUAUCUGCAUAGCCACUGCAAUAUCCCUCCUCAUGAUUCUCAUAUGUGGCAUGGCGACAUAUGGUGCUUACAAGCAACAUGCUGCUUGGAUCAUUCCAUUCUUCUGCUACCAAAUCUUCGACUUUGCCCUUAACACACUGGUAGCCAUUAGUGUGGUCGUUUAUCCCAACACGGUGCAGGACUACCUCCAGCAGCUGCCAGGGACAUUCCCUUACAAAGAGGACAUCAUGUCCACCAACAACAUGUGCCUAGUUUUUGCAGUUCUCCUCUUCAUUGGCUGCAUCCUCUCCUUCAAGGCCUACCUGAUUGGCUGUGUGUGGAACUGCUACAGAUAUGUGAGCGGCAGGGGCACCACGGAGGUUCUGGUUUAUGUCACAACCAAUGACACCACGCUCAAUGAGUUGACACCUCUUAAUGUACAAGGUUCUGCUGCCGCCAUACGAGGAGGCCAUCGCCAUACCACCGAAGGAGCCCCCUCCCCAGUAUAUGGAGGCAUGAGAGACGUCCUCGAUCCUGGACCCCAUACCCCAAACACCUACCACAUCUCCCUCCAACGCUGCCUGGAAGAUGUUGAAAAACAAGACAAAACAAUGUCUUAGAGGCUGGUUUCAUCUUGGAUACAUGCCAACCUUAGAUUAGAUAAGACUGACCCUGAGCCAACAACUCUUCU